AAAGUUAACCGGAAACGAUGCGGACAGAGUAGUCAACCUACCUAUUAUCUCUAUCUUUAUAGGAGCGAUAUCAUAUUAUUUAGAUGGAAGUUUGUGUCAUACAUCAGUGAAAAUAUCAUGUUGAAGUUCAAGUACGUGAGCCAAGGCAGCCUGAAGAUGGUGCCUUGCUCUACGGAUCCUAUCACAAGCCGUAGCUCCCGGAUCAACCACCUCUUUCAGGGUCGAAUUAGCUUGUGUGGACAAGAGGAAAGAUGCAAUUUGGGCCGGGAGGAGUUUCUCGAGGCACUAUUGGUGCUCUAUCAAGAGUGCACCUCUCCCGACCUAAUGAAGAUGCAACACGUUAGCAACUUUGUCCACAAAUUUUCUGAGGUAGUCAUGGAGCUGCAGGCUCUGCAGCCUGGGCCACAGGACUUUGAGGUGCGAGCAGUAGUGGGUCGUGGUCACUUUGCCGAGGUUCAAGUAGUAAAAGAGAAGGCUACCGGCGAUGUGUGUGCCUUGAAAAUCAUGGACAAGGAGGUCUUACGUGUUGCAGAAAAUGUGGUGUUCCACGAAGAGGAACGAAGGAUCCUCUCCCUCAACAGCAGCCCCUGGAUCCCUCAGCUGUUCUACGCCUUCCAGGACACAGAGCACGUCUAUCUGGCUAUGGAAUACCUGCCAGGAGGCGACCUGAGUUCCCUGCUUAUUAGAUAUGAGGAUCAGUUCGAUGAGUCCAUGGCUCAGUUCUACCUGGCUGAGCUGGUGGAAGCCAUCCACAGUGUCCAUCAGCUUGGCUACGUCCACAGAGACGUGAAACCGGAGAACGUUCUGAUCGAUCGUACCGGCCACAUUAAGCUGGCAGACUUUGGCUCUGCUGCCAAGCUGAACUCCGAUAAGAAGGUGGUGGCCCCUGCGGCCCUCGUGGGCACCCAGGACUUCCUGUCCCCCGAGGUCCUGUCCGCUAUGAAGGGGGGCCAACCCGCCCUCUACGGGGUGGAGUGUGACUGGUGGUCCCUGGGGCUUAUAGCGUACGAGAUGAUCUACGGAAAAUCCCCCUUCUCCGACGGCACCUCCGCCAAGACCGUCCACAACAUCCUCAACUUCCAGCGGUACCUGAAGUUCCCAGAGGAGGUGCGCGCCAGCAGGCUCUUGGUGGACUUGGUGCAGAGCCUCCUGUGCGGAGCCCGCGAGCGGCUGGGCUACCAGGGCCUGCGCUGCCACGCCUUUUUCUCCAGCACCGACUGGAACAACCUGAGACAAGUCCUCCCGCCUUUUGUUCCGAAGCUGCAAACAGAAGAUGACACCUCUAAUUUUGAAGAACCGGAGCAGGCAGCCCCCCGGUCUGCCCCUGCUGCCCAGCGAGGAGCUCAGACAGCGGGCUUCAAGGGCCACGAUCUGCCCUUUCUAGGCUGGUUCUUCAGCAGGGCGUUGACAGCGCUCGCCAAAGCCGAGUCUGUGUCGGCUGGCAUCAACUCCCCUGCCAAGACCAACUCCAUGGAAAAGAAGCUACACCUGAAAAGCAAAGAACUACAAGAAACUCAAGACAAAUGCCACAAGAUGGAUCAGGAGAUCUCCAGGUUCCAGCGUAAGAUGACCGACCUGGAGUCCGUGCUCCACCAGAAGGAUGUGGAGCUGAAGGCCUCGGAGACCCAGAGGACCAUCCUGGAGCAGGACCUCGCCACCUACAUCACAGAAUGCAGCAGCUUGAAGCGCAGCUUGGAGCAGGCCCGGGUGGAGGUCUCCCAGGAGGAUGAUAAGGCCCUGCAGCUGCUCCACGACAUCCGAGAGCAGAGCAACAAGCUGCAGGAGAUUAAGGAGCAGGAGUACCAUGCCCAGCUGGAGGAGAUGCAGGUCACCAUCCGGCAGCUGGAGGAGGACCUGUCGGCGGCCCGGCGCCGCAGCGACCUCUACGAGUCGGAGCUCAGGGACUCCAGGCAGACCAGCGAGGACCUGAAGAGGAAGGCCGUGGAGUACCAGCAGAGGAUCCAGAAGGCUAAAGAACAGGGCAAGGCCGAUGUAGAGGAGCUUCUCUCCAAACUGGAAAAGACAAAUUCUGAUCAGCAGCUGAAAAUCCAAGAGCUCCAGGACAAACUUUCCAAGGCGGUGAAAGCCAGCACAGAGGCCACGGAGCUGCUGCAGAACAUCCGCCAGGCCAAGGAGAGGCUGGAGCGAGAGCUGGAGCGCCUCCGGGGCAAGACGGAGCCCAGCGACACGCUGAAGCGCCGCCUGAGGGAGACGGAGGAGGGCAGGAAGACCCUGGAGAACCAGGUGAAGCGGUUGGAGAUGGUCGAGCGGCGGGAGAACAAGCUGAAGGACGACAUCCAGACCAAAUCCCAGCAGAUCCAGCAGAUGGCGGAGAAGAUCCUGGAGCUGGAGGAGAACCUGAGGGAGACCCAGGCCACGGCCCAGCGGAUGGAGACCCACCUGGCCCAGAACGAGAGGCUCUAUGAGGACAAGAUCAAGGUUCUGGAGGCUCAGAUGAAAGAGGACCUGGUGGACAAGGAGAGCCUGGAAACCAAGCGGGCCCAGCAUGAGCAGGAGGCCCGUGAGAAGUUCAAGCUGAUCAGCGAGCAGAAGGCUACCAUUAACGCCAUGGACUCCAAGAUGAAGAACCUGGAGCAGCGCAUCUCCGAGCUGUCGGAGGCUAACAAGCUGGCGGCCAACAGCAGCAUCUACACCCAGAAGAACAUGAAAGCCCAGGAGGAGAUGAUCUCGGAGCUGCGGCAGCAGAAGUUCUACCUGGAGUCCCAGGCGGGGAAGCUGGAGGCCCAGAACGCCAAGCUGGAGGAGCACCUGGACAAGAUGAGCCAGCAGGAGCAGACCAAACGCAGCCGUCUGGUGGAGCUCGAGACCAGGCUCCGCGAGAUGGGGCUGGAGCACGAGGAGCAGAAGCUGGAGAUCAAGCGGCAGGUGUCGGAGCUGACCCUGUCGCUGCAGGAGCGCGAGUCCCAGAUCAGCGGCCUGCAGGCGGCCCGCCACGCCCUGGAGAGCCAGCUGUCCCAGGCCAAGACGGAGCUGGAGGAGACCACCGCAGAGGCUGAGGAGGAGAUCACCGCGCUCAGGUCUCACAGAGAUGAAAUUCAGCGCAAAUUUGAUGCCCUGAGAGACAGCUGCUCAGUGAUCACGGACCUGGAGGAGCAGCUGACCCAGCUGAGCCAGGAGAACGCCGAGCUCAACCGCCAGAACUUCUACCUGUCCAAGCAGCUGGACGAGGCGUCGGACGAGAGCGAGGACCGCCUGCAGCUCAGCCAGGAGGUGGACCGCCUCCGCAGAGAGGUGGCCGACCGCGAGAUGCACCUCAACAACCAGAAGCAGAACAUUGAGACGUUGAAGACGACGUGCAGCAUGCUGGAGGAGCAGGUGGUGGAGCUGGAGUCUCUGAAUGACGAGCUCCUGGAGAAGGAGAGGCAGUGGGAGGCCUGGAGGGGCGCGCUGGAGGACGAGAAGAGCCAGGCGGAGAGACGCACCCGGGACAUGCAGAGGCUGCUGGACAACGAGAAGCAGAACAGGUUGCGCGCCGACCAGCGCAGCACCGAGUCCCGCCAGGCCAUAGAGUUGGCGGUGAAGGAGCACAAGGCUGAGAUCGUGGCGCUGCAGCAGGCCCUGAAGGAGCAGAGACUCAAGGCCGAGAGUCUGUCUGAUACGCUCAACGAUCUGGAGAAGAAGCACGCAAUGUUGGAGAUGAACGCCCGCAGUCUGCAGCAGAAGCUGGAGACAGAGCGGGAGCUCAAACAGAGGCUGAUGGAGGAGCAGGGGAAGCUGCAGCAGCAGAUGGACCUCCAGAAGAGCCACAUCUUCCGCCUCACGCAGGGCCUGCAGGACGCCCUGGACCAGACAGACAUGCUGAAGACGGAGAGGACGGACCUGGAGUACCAGCUGGAGAACAUCCAGGCCGUGUACUCCCAUGAGAAGGUGAAGAUGGAAGGGACUAUUUCCCAGCAGACCAAACUCAUUGACUUCCUCCAGGCCAAAAUGGACCAGCCAACAAAGAAGAAAAAGGGUAUAUUCGGGAGGCGCCGGGAGGACGUGGGCACCACCACCAACGGGGCCCUGAUGCCGCUGCCCCCGCCGCCCCCCAUGCCCCUGCAGUACGGGGACAUGAAGCUGGCCCUGGAGAAGGAGCGCUCCCGCUGCUCGGACCUGGAGGAGACCCUGCAGAAGAUGAGGAUCGAGCUGCGCUCCCUCAGGGAGGAGGCAGCCCACUUCAAGGCCCAGGAGCACGCGGGCCCCUCCACCCCGGCCCAGGCCCGGCAGCAGAUCCUCAUGUCGGCCAUCGUCAAGUCCCCCGAGCACCAGCCCAACCCCAGCGGCCUGCUCAACCCCUCCACGCGCUGCAAGGAGACGGCCACGCCUGAGGAAAAGAGGAGGGUCACCUUUGAGAAGUUUGGCCGGCGCGUGAAGGAGAGGAUGCACCACAACAUCCCCCACCGCUUCACCGUGGGCCUCAACAUGAGGGCGGCCAAGUGCACCGUGUGCCUGGACACGGUGCACUUUGGACGGCAGGCCGCCACGUGCCUAGAGUGCCACACGCUGUGCCACCCCAAGUGCUCCCCGUGCCUGCCGGCCACCUGCGGCCUGCCCGCCGAAUACGCCACCCACUUCUCAGAGGCCCUGUGCCGGGACAAGGCCAACUCCCCCGCCCUGCAGGUGAAGGAGGCCAGCGGGCACGUCCGCCUGGAGGGCUGGAUGAAGCAGCCCAGGAACGGGAAACGCGGGCAGCAGGGAUGGGAGAGCAAGUAUGUGGUGCUGGAUGGAACCAAAGUGUCCGUGUUUGAUGGCGAACCCAGAGAGGACUGUGCCAAGGCGGAGGAGGAGUUUGAGCUGUGUCUGCCUGACGGGGAGGUGAGCGUGCACGGUGCCGUGGGCGCCUCGGAGCUCAUCAACACCGCCAAAUCAGACAUCCCCUACAUACUGAAGCUGGAGUCCCACCCUCACACCACCUGUUGGCCCGGUCAGACCCUCUACUUCAUGGCUCCCAGUUUCCCAGACAAGCAGCGCUGGGUGGCGGUGCUGGAGUCUGUGGUGGUCAGUAGCCACGCCUCCAAGGACAAAGGGGAGACUGAGGCUAAACUACUGGGAAACUCUCUUCUUAAGUUGGAGGGCGAUGACCGUCUGGACAUCAACUGCACUCUGCCACUCACCGACCAGAUCGUGCUGGUUGGGUCUGAGGAGGGUCUGUAUGCUCUGAACGUGAUCAAGAACUCUCUGACGCACAUCCCCGGCCUGGCCUCCGUCUUCCAGAUCCAGAUCCUGAAGGAGUUGGACAAGCUGCUGAUGAUCACAGGAGAGGACAGGGCUCUGUGUCUGGUGGAGAUCAAGAGGGUGAAGCAGUCUCUGUCCCAGUCCCACCUGCCAGCCCAGCCCGACCUCAACCCCUACAUCUUUGAGACGGUCAAGGGGUGCCACCUCUUCUCCUCUGGCAAGAUUGAUAACGGAAUGUGUAUUUGCGCCGCCAUGCCCAAUAAAAUCACCAUCCUGCGUCACAACGAAAGCCUCAACAAGUUCUGCAUUCGAAAGGAGAUCGAGACCUCAGAACCCUGCAGCUGCAUCCACUUCACCGGCUACAGCAUCGUCAUCGGCACCAACAAGUUCUACGAGAUAGAGAUGAAGCAGUAUGUGCUGGAAGAGUUCCUGGACAAGAACGACGUGUCGCUGGCCUCCGCUGUAUUCUCGGCCUCCUCCCACAGCUUCCCCAUCUCCAUCAUCCAGGUCACCAAGGCCCCUCAGAAGGACGAGUACCUGCUCUGCUUCCACGAGUUCGGUGUGUUCGUGGACGCCUACGGCCGCCGGAGUAGAAACGACGACAUCAAAUGGAGUCGUCUGCCCCUGUCCUUCGCCUACAGAGAACCCUACCUGUUUGUGACCUACUUCAACUCGCUGGACGUGAUCGAGAUCCAGGGGCACGCUGCUCUCGGACCCCACUCGUACGCCCACCUGGACAUCCCCAACCCGCGCUACCUGGGCCCGGCCAUCUCGUCGGGGGCCAUCUACCUGGCCUCCUCCUACCAGAACAAGCUGAGGGUCAUCUGCUGUAAGGGCAACCUGACCCAGAGCCAGGAGGCCGGCAGCGACCUGCAGCGCAACGGCUCCGGUCGCAGUCCCAACAAGCGCGGACCCCCCACCUACAACGAGCACAUCUCCAAGCGGCUGGCGGCCAGCCCCGUGGUGCACGGGGACCCCGGGACCCCCCACCGCUACCGCGAGGCGCGCACCGAGUUCCGCCGGGACAAGUCCCCCAACCGGCCCCUGGAGAGGGAGAAGUCCCCCGGCAGGAUGCUGGAGGGCCGCAUCGUGGGCUCCCCCGGACGCGCCAUGGCACAGGACCCCCGCCUGGACCGCUCCCCGGGCCGCGCCAUGGCCCAAGACCCCCGCAUGGAGCGCUCGCCCGGCCGCAUGAUGGACGUCCGCCGGGAGAGGUCCCCCGGCCGCUACGAGGAGCGUCAGCGGCUCCACACGGGCUCCGGACGCACGCCCAUCAACCCCGUCAACAAGGUGUGGGACCAGUCGUCCGUCUGAGCGUCUGCAGCACCAACACCACCACCACCUCCACCACCACCACCACCGUACUCAGCGCAUCCGCCCUACACCCAGCUCUUGAUCUCUGCAAGUGGGGGGAGGGGAGGCCGAGGGCGGGAGCGCAGUUACCCCCGGCAACAGCACAGACGGCACGAUGAAACACUGCCACACAAUGUUUUAUCUGAGAGGGAGAGAGCGAGUGAGCGAGAGACACCCACAGGACAAGCUGCUCGUCGAGAGAGCGAGACGACUGCGGUAAAACACAGAUGUCAUUGGAAUCAGGUUGUAUAAUGUCACUAGCUUCACCUGCUGGGUGGUGGUUGACAGGGCGUAACGGGUCUCCCGGCCUUCGGUCGCCCCCUGCAGACGUCAUGAAGGACUCCCAAUAAGCACAGCUGUAGCAACCCUAUUUUAAUAAUACAUACAAGGAAAAAAAACAAUGCCAAAAUGCAAUGGGUUCAUCAGACCAUUAGGCACUUUUAAAAUGCAAGAGGUGGACCCUAAUGAAAGCGAUUCGUAUGAUUUGAGCGUUUUCUAUCCUUCUCCCCGUCCACAAACCGCUGACAGUCGUGUCGGCAGCUCUGUGAGGCUCUUGCUCCAGCCAGGCCCUGACACGGCUCGCACACGCAUCACAGUCAACCUAUCCCAAACCCCCGUCUCCCCCUGAAGACGGCUGUAUGGUUUGGAGACGUUGAAAGGCUUGGCUGGAGCAAAAGCGUCACAGAAUCCCUGCCUUGUUCAUGCCACCCCAACCCCUACCCCAACCAUACCCCACCCUACCCCACCCCCCCCCCCCCCCCCCCCCCCUAUCCUUGGAAGAUGUCUGCCCUGGCAAAAGGCUGCACCGUCCCUCCGCUACAGUCGAACAGGACCUUUCUUAGUCGUCAGAGCGCUCUACUUUGUUUGUACAUAGGCAGACUUAAUUUUAUACGUACUGAGAAGGAAUUUCAAGGCCGGAGAGGCCGUGUCUAUUUUUGUUAAAGAAAACAAAAAGUGAUUGUUAUGUGUCCUCUUGAAUGUCAAAAAUUAAUAUUAUUUUAAAUAUAUAUGUUCCGAUGUCUUUGAAUCAAGUUAGUGAUUUUAUCUUGAAUAUGCACUUCCAUCUGUCAAUGGCGAAUAUAUAUGCUAGCUAUGAGGGAGGGGAACGGGGUAAAACAAAAAAAAUCAUGAGUGAAGCUUACAACAUAGUAGCAUUUCUUUCUGUACCAUGCUCCUCGACAUUGUAUAUAGCCCAAAUUGUUGUUAAAAGUCGAAGAUGAACAUAGUAUUUGUUUUUACUGAAUGAUAAACGGCAUGGGUAUGUAUAUCUGAGGUGAGGGAGAGAGCUGCUUCUGCCUCGUCUAGGGUGUGUCGACACUCUCUCUGAUCACUAAGAAGCACGCUAAUCAAGGGAAGUGACUUUAAGACAUGCAUUGAACGCCCCGAUUCUCUUCUAUUUGAUUCCAGUUUAUCCUGUGCACCUUAGCCACAUGCUGAAGUAAUGCCAUUUUUAUUUUAAUGUAGGCACAAUUCAUUUGAUUCAAUGAAUUGUUAAACGCAGACCAAUUCCCUAAAAAAGAUCUUUGACCCAUGUCAAUCAAUCAAUCAAUCAAUCAAUCAAUCAUUCCUAGUAUAUAUAUAUAUAUACUGUAGUGUCCAUGACAAUGAUCCACCCAAUCACUUAUAAAUUAUCAUCAAAUGAUAUAUUUGAUCUGUAUUUUUUCCUGUUGAAUAUGAAAACGUGAGGUGCCAUUGCUUUAACCAUGCCCUGUGUUUGUACGCCCAACCCCACAACUUUUCAUUUCAUUUCUAGAAGGGAACAUUUUGAAUGUACCAAAGCCUGGAAGACUGACGACCGGUGGUCAACAUGUGUCCGAUCAAAGGCGACCCCAUCACUACAGAUUGCACAACUGCUGUAAUGGUAUUCUGUUAAGACGUCAUUCCUGUAUUUGAAGGGGGGCUAUCCGUUCCCUUAGGUGUCGCUGGGGGGGGGGGGGGGGGGGGUGUAAACAGGGGUGUAAACGGAUGUAAAUCUGUUAAGUAUUCUAAUGUAUCUGUUGUCACCCUGCAAGGAGGCUCAGCGACACUCACAAGACUCGGCAUCCCUUUAGUUCGAUUUGUCUUUAUCUUUUCUUUUCGCUCCAUGACAAAAAGCUCGAUAUGAUGUUGAUGUUUGCUGACGGACGUUUUAUUAGCGUCCAUUGUAGAGUUUUUGUCACAGAAUAUAAAAUAUUAUACCCAAUUGUA